AUGGAUUCAGGGCUAAAGUCCAGUCGACUUGAUCGCACUUCCUUUUUCAUAAGACCCACAACUGAAAAAUGGCCCAUAUCUCUAGUACUCAGCGAUGCAAAGUUAUACAUCAUCACAGCAAUUGGGAGCUUYAUCAGCUUUUCAUUCAUAACCUGUUUUAUAAGCCCAUUGAUUUCAAGAUAUUUUAAAUCAUAUAGCAGCCUGUCACCGUCUCAAAAAUGUGACUGGGAAACAAGGAUUGCUUCUAAUAUUCAUGCCAUUAUUGUUGGCUUUAUUUCACUUUACUGCUUAUUCUUCGAUGCUGCUACAAAUGCAAAUCCCAUAUGGAAUGAUGCACCAUUGGUAAGGAUAGGAAUUUCCAUUACCAUGGGAUACAUAACUGCAGAUUUUUUCAUAAUCUUGUACAACUAUCGAUUGAUUGGAGAUAACUUCAUGCUUGUACAUCAUUUGAUGGCAAUGACUGCCUAUAUAUUUGUUGUCAUAUUUGGCAUCUUGCCAUUCUUUGCGAACUUUCGACAGCUGGCUGAGUUGUCUACUGUGUUCGUCAACCAAAGAUGGUAUUAUUCAGUGAUUGGUCAACCGCACACUUCUCGCAGUUUUCUGGCCAACGCCUGGUUGAUGGUAAUAUCAUUUUUCUUUGCGCGAGUAAUAGUCAUUCCAUACUACUACUACAGGUGUUAUAUUGCCUGGGAUACGCCCGAGAGAGAAAUGCUAGGUGUUAUAGCCCAGACACUAUGGAUUUUGACCAGUUUGGUGCUCGACGUGUUGAAUGUGUAUUGGAUGGGGAAAAUGAUUAGGGGAGGAAUAAAAAUUUUAAGUAAACCACAUAAAAAGAAAACGUAGAUUAAAAACAUUACACUGUUAAAAACAAAGAAUUAUCAAAAUUAUCCUAAAAUAUUAUAAACUUCCAAAAUUGCAGAAACAAUUGUUCAACCAAUUUCUUAAAAAUAUUUGAACUUCCAAAAUUGAAGCAACAAUUUUUCGACUAAUUUUUCUUAGAUUAUUUAAAUGAAUCAUUACAUGUUUCUUGAGUGUUGGCACUGUUUUGUAGUAAAAUUUAAGAGAGAGGGUAGGCCAGUCUAUGUCUUGAAAUUGAUUUGGGUGGUGGUGAGGGAGAAAGGCGGAGUAAUUGAUCAUACAGGAAAAACCCAAGGUUGGCUAUCAGAGGUUCACCACUGUUUUUAUUACUAGUGUUGAUUGAGACAGCAGUCGCGUCAUGGAAUUCGGACAACACACUGCCGUCAAUCAAAGAAAUCAUUACAAUAAUUUUCCAUGUACCUUUUCACACUCCCCUCGUACCUUCUCUAUUUUUUUGAUUGACAGAAGUGUAUUGCCUGAUUUCCAUGUCGCGACUGUUAUCAUGAUCAGCUCCUAGCAAUGAAAACAGUGAAUAGGUCCUAUUACGUUGGUCGUAAUUUUUUUCCCUUUCUUGUCCAUCAAUAGAAGUUAAAACGCAAGCAAAUCGGGAUUCACGUAAAUUACAAACGUCCUCCUUUAAAUAUAUAUAAAUAUUGUAAUAUUUUAUUGUUUAAUUAUUAGAUCAUUUCUAAGAUGAUUGAUUGAUAAAUGUAUGUGUUGAUGCAACUUCUUUGACUAUUUAACGAAAAUUAUUAUAACUGAUUGGUGUGAAAAUACGUGUUAUGACAUGGAUCUUAUUAAACGAUAGAAAUGGAAAACUU